AGGAAUUAAGUGCAGAAUGGAUUUACGUGAAAAAAAAUGGUUUUAUGCUAAAGGAAGAUAAAAGAGUAAUUUUAUAUCUCCAUGGUGGUGCUUAUGCUCUUGGUAGUAUUGGGACUCAUCGUAACAUCAUUUCGGGCCUUGCAAAAGCUGCCGAUGCCCAUGCCUUUGGUGAGUAA